AUGGGUGAUGCUUGGUUACAAUUUCAAAUCCGUUAUUAUAUGUUUUCUCUAGUUUUUGUUGUUUUUGAUGUUGAAACAGUCUUUCUUUACCCAUGGGCAAUGAGUUUUGAUCUAUUGGGGGUAUCCGUAUUUAUAGAAGCUUUCAUCUCCGUGCUUAUCCUAGUUGUUGGUUUAGUUUAUGCAUGGCGAAAGGGAGCAUUAGAAUGUUAUAAUUCCAUUGAGUUUCCCUUACUUGAUCAAAAUACCAAAAAUUCAGUUCUUUCUACUACAUUAAAUGAUCUUUCAAAUUGAUCAAGACUAUCCAAUUUAUGAUCGCUUCUCUAUGGUACUAGUUGUUGCUUCAGUGAAUUUGCUUCAUUAAUAGGAUCGCGAUUUGACUUUGAUCGUUAUGGACUGGUACCACGAUCUAGUCCUAGGAAGGCAGGCCUCAUUUUAACAGCGGGCACCGUAACUAUGAAAAUGGCUCCUUCUUUAGUUCGAUUAUAUGAGAAAAUGCCCGAACCAAAAUAUGUUAUUGCUACGGGAGCCUGUACAAUUACAGGAGGUAUGUUCAGUACCGGUUCUUAUAGUACUGUUCGGGGCGUGGAUAAGCUAAUUCCUGUGGAUGUCUAUUUGCCGGGCUGUCCCCCUAAACCAGAAGCCGUUAUAGAUGCUAUAACAAAACUUCGUAAGAAAAUAUCUCGAGAAAUCUAUGAAGAUCAAAUUAGUUAUCAACGAGAGAGUAUGUGUUUUACUACCGACCACAAAUUUUAUGUUGGACGCAGUACUCAUUCCUGCAAUUAUAAUCAAGGAUUAUUCUAUCAUCCAUCAUCUAUUUCAGAGAUAACCUCUGACAAAUAUUUUCAAUAUAACAAAGUUCAGUAUCCUCCGACGAACGAAAAAGUGAAUUAAACAAGGAUCCUUUUGUGCAAAAUAAAAUAAGAAAUAGCAAGCAAGUCAAUCUUAAAAAAUUUCAUUGAAAUGUAAAUAAAUGGUAAAUAUUUAUACCAAUCUUAUAAAAAACUCGGGAGAAGUAAAAAAAUGCAAGGUAAUUUGUCUGCUUGGCUAGUCAAAAACGGAAUAGUUC